ACUCCUCUCCUCUCUGUCCUGAGCCCUCUCACUCACCCCCAAACGCCCCCCUCCUCUCUGUCUCGAGCCCUCUCACUCACCCUAAGCGCUUCCCUCCUCGCCUCUGUCCUCGAGUACGUAGCCAAGGAUUUUGAAGCAAAAGAGGUUUGCGAGGCUAGAUAUACUGGUGGCGGACGGCGAGAGCACAAUCGACCCGAGUCGUUACUCUUCGCUCGGUGAUUUCAGGCUCGACGUCGAAGAGAAGGAGGAAGAACAAGAACGAGAUGAAGGAGAAAAGCAGUUCUGAAUGUACUAAAAUGCUUGGCAGGCCCACAUGAGAGGGCUCUUCUGCUGAAGAAGUUUGCAGCAUCUGCUUCAGAUGAAGAAGUUUUGGAACUUGCGAAUCAGGUCUCCUUGUACACUGGAUGCUCCCAUCAUUGCUCCCUCCUCAUACAAUUCAUAUUCGACCGUUGAUGAUCAAGGUUGAAAAGGACCCGAAGCUUUCAGAUAUCAGGACCGUUGAUGCACUCGAAAUGGUACAAACAAGUAAUAAACCAAAGCCUGCAUAUCUUUCAAAGAUUUUGAUUGCACUUUUAAGCUAUGGUGGGGUCCCUAAUGAAUUUCUUUUGGACAUGGUGGAGAAUGCUCUGGGAGAUGCAAAUAGUGUCUUCUCUAGUAAACGAGCAGCUCCAAGAGAAACAAACUCCAAAACAAGGCCAUUCUUCGGUGGAGUCGGCGUCAACCGAGACAUACUGGUGGUGGAUUUGGAUGAUGAUAAUCAUGUCUCAUCACCUAACAGCACCGUGUCGAGCAUAAGUGGGAAGAGAAGUGAGAGAGAUCCGCAUGGAGAAAAUGAAGUUGAGGCUGAGAGAACUUCGUGCUCUUGUGAGAGCAUUGAAGAAGAUGGCAGCGGAGGAGAUGGAGCGAGGAAGAAGCUCAGGCUGUCUAGAGAACAGUCAUUGGUGCUAGAGGAGACAUUCAAAGAGCAUAACACUCUUAACCCUAAUCAAAAGCUUGCCUUGGCCAAGCAGCUGAAUCUUAGUCCCAGACAGGUAGAGGUCUGGUUUCAGAAUAGGCGUGCCAGGUCUAAGAUGAAGCAAACUAAGGUGGACUGUGAGUACCUUAAGAGAUGCUGCGACAAUCUUACACAGGAAAACAAGAGGCUGCAGAAGGAAGUGCAGGAGCUCAGAGCACUGAAGCUCUCCCCACAGCUCUACAUGCAUAUGAACCCUCCCACCACGCUCACCAUGUGCCCUUCAUGUCAGCGAGUGUCUGUUCCUUCAGCAUCAUCGUCGCCUCCAUCUUCAUCUUCAGUCACUGCCUCAGUGAUUGGCCCCAUAGGGCCGGUCCAUAAUCCUUUUAGUCAGUCUGGACCAUCCAUCAACUCUUGGGCAAGGCUACAGAUGCAACAAGGAUUGAACAAUUUGCACUCUUAAUGGCUUUUCUGAUAUCUACGUGGCAUGUGCCAAGGCGUAAAGCAAAGAGCAUCAGCUCAUCCUGACGAUACAUUAGCAAGUAUGACAUAGAAAGAUCCAAUGAUUGGCAAAAUAGAGCGUCUAUUGCGCUUUUUGCUGAUAAUAGGACAUUGAUUGCUGGGAUAGACAAAUCUUAUCCCUGUUUUUAAGGUCGAAAACAUGUAGGGAACAGAAAAGAUGAACGUUAGUUGUUCAUGAAACUUCUUCACUUAGGUAAUUUGAUGAUCUAUCAUGAUGCGGGUGAUUGUCGAAUCUAUUCAAAUGUCGAUGAAUCAUGGUCUCAUCUACCAUGUUGGGUCAUCAAUUGUUUCGAGCAAUUCAAUUGCGAUAUUUGUUGA